AUGAACUGCUUUCUUACCUUGCAGCUUUAUGAGCCAUUCUUCGCGGACUUUGGACCUCUGAACCUUGGCCGCACCUACCGGUUUUGCCAGAAAACUAAGCAGCUGCUGCAGGAGGCGGAGAGAAAUGGAAAGCGCGUUUACCUUUACACGGGGCCACACGCCCAUCAGAAGGCCAACGCGGCUGUGCUGGUUGGCAUUUACCAGGUUAUAUAUCUGAACCGCACUGCCGACGUGGCCUACAAGCCGCUCUCUGUCUACAAGCCCUACGUCCCGUUUCGCGACGCGUCCUGCGGCGUGUCAACAUUCCAUCUUACCGUGUACGAUGUUAUCCGAGGGUUACAGAGAGCUCGCGAUGUUGGGUUCAUCGACUGGAACUCGGGAUCAUCCACGUGGAGCCUGGAGGAGUACGAGUACUACGAGCAGGUGGAGAAUGGCGACCUGAACUGGAUCGUGCCGGGCAAGUUUGUGGCGUUUUCCGGUCCCGCUGCUCGCUCUAACGAGGUGGCCGGCUACCGACUGCACACCCCGGAGGAUUACUGGGACUACUUCCGCAGGAAGGGAGUCACGACUGUUAUCCGACUGAACAAAAAGGUAUACGACCGGAAGCGCUUUUUAGAUGGCGGCUUCAAGCACCAUGAGUUGUACUUUCCGGACGGCUCGUGUCCCACAGAGCCCAUUAUUCAGCGUUUCCUGGACACGGUGGAGACGGAACCUGGCGCCAUUGCGGUGCAUUGCAAGGCCGGGUUGGGUCGCACCGGCCUGCUGAUUUGCCUCUACAUCAUGAAGCACUACCGGUUCACCGCUGAGGAGGUGAUUGGCUACAUCCGCGUGUGCCGCCCGGGGUCGGUCAUCGGGCCGCAGCAGAACUUCCUGCGAGAGGUGCGCGACGGCGGGGGCCGGGAACCGCCGAAGAAGGGCGGUUGCGGGGUGUUGGGUUUUUAA